GAUUUUGAUUUUGCUGAAGUAUCUUACAGAAUCACCAACAAUGCACCAAAAGUUGAAAAGUGGAGUGACACGAGAUCGGCAUGCUUAAGAGAGUAGGAGAAAACUGAAGCACGCAAAAACUCUUUGACGGGUUCUUUCAUGGUGGCACCUGGAAUAAAUCAAACCACUCCCAUUUUUAUUAAUUUCUCUCUCUGUUCACGUCUUCAGGUUCGAUAAUGGAACAGGAGCUUUCGCGCGUUGGUUUCAGAAGAUGAUCCGAAGUUAAAAGCUUUUGCAGAGUGGCAUUUUGCACCAAUACAGGUGCACUGAUGAAAUCAUUUCUCUGUCAAAUAUUGGCCUGGUACCAAAAGAAGAUUAAAUCAAAAUCCAAUGGAAGAAUUAUUGAAUCCUUUUCAUCCUUCCAAUCGAUCUGAACCCACAUCGUUGCAUGAUGCUGGAAGGCUUCAUUUUGAAGGUCAUGGGAAUCGUGGAACUGGCUUACUGAGCCUGAAGAAGAGGGGGCAUGGAAGUCGUUCUUGGAUAAAAAUUGAUGAGAAUGGGAACUCAAAGAUUUUGGAGCUUGACAAAGGUACCAUAAUGAAGCAUUGUUCUUUGCCUGCCAGGGAUCUAAGGCUUCUGGACCCUUUAUUUAUUUAUCCUUCUACCAUUUUGGGACGUGAGAAAGCUAUAGUGGUCAGUCUUGAACAGAUCAGGUGUAUAAUUACAGCCGAUGAGGUUAUCCUGAUGAAUUCAUUAGAUGGAUGUGUUCUUCAGUACCAAUCAGAAUUUUGCAAGCGCCUUAAGUCAAACAAGGAUCAAGCUGAUGACUUGCCAUUCGAGUUUAGAGCACUAGAGUUGGCUUUGGAAUUAACUUGCACGUCUCUGGACUCUCAGGCAAAAGAACUGCGAAUGGAGAUAUAUCCAGUACUAGAUGAACUAGCUUCAUCUAUUAGUACUCUUAAUCUGGAACGUGUACGUAGACUAAAAGGUCACCUCCUUGCUCUGACUCAGCGAGUUCAGAAGGUCCGAGAUGAGAUUGAACAUCUCAUGGAUGAUGACGGUGACAUGGCUGAAAUGUACUUGACAGAGAAGAAACAAAGGUCGGAAGUUUAUGCUUCAAGUGACAUAUGUCUCCCUAGUGAUUUUUCAGGUGGGGAUAGACUGGAUUCGAAAUCUGCUCCUGUUUCACCAGUUGCCUCAAGCAUUGGGGUAAAGAGAUUGCAGAGGACUUUUAGCAGUGUAGUUAGUUCAAGCAAACAUGGAAGCAUCAUGAGUUCCUCUUGUAGCAGUGGAGAAAAUAUUGAUCAACUUGAGAUGUUACUUGAAGCAUACUUUGUUGUUAUUGACAAUACCCUGAGCAACUUAUCCUCGCUUAAAGAAUACAUUGACGAUACUGAAGAUUUAAUCAACAUUAAAUUGGGUAAUGUUCAGAACCAACUAAUCCAAUUUGAGCUGCUUCUUACUGCGGCAACAUUUGUGGCUACAAUAUUUGCUGUUGUGACUGGAGUCUUUGGAAUGAACUUCACUGCCUCAAUUUUUGACUAUCCAACCGCAUUUAAUUGGGUUCUGGUUAUCACAGGUGUCAUCUGUGGGUUCUUGUACUUUACUUUCUUGUUCUAUUUUCGACAUAAAAAAGUCUUCCCAUUGUAAGCAUUUAGACUUUAUUAUUAUUCUUUGCAAACCAAUGUUUAUUUUCUAAAUUGAAAUUAUAAUUCAUUGUAUCGCUGUUCACAGAUUCCUCUUUCUUUUCUUUCAUUGAUCAGCUUUCUCUGUUGUUUUUCCUGCUGAAACAAAGCCAUAUUUUGGUUAUUAGAAACUUUAUCUUCUCUUUAUCUUCACUUUUCCAGAUAUUUUUAGGUGGCAAGGUUAGCUUUAUAAAAAAUUCUCUUCACAUACUGUUGAAGUACAUUGCAAGAUAGACAGUCUUAUUGAUCAUCUUUAUUUUUGUCACUAUCUUGUGACCAACUGAUCUCCCCCAUAAUUUGCUUUAGCAAAAGCUUCCCAGUCUCUGCUUCACUCUGACUUCCGUGGGAUUCCCAAUUCUUCAUUGUCUAUUAUUUGCAUUAUGGUUAAUGUUCUAUAGUAGGUCUACAGAAAUGUGUAUUUAAUCUGUUUGGAGAAUUGGAUACCUUAUGCAACUUCUGAUGUACAUGUAAGCCAAGUUUUUGACAUCAGCUUCUUCUAUAAAACUCAGCUGCCUUCUACUAAGCUAUACAAGUCUCUCUUGAGGGAUUAUGCUUUCCAAAGUUUUCUGGCAAUUUCAAUUCUUGUCUCAAGUUCGAAAAUUUGUGAUUUUAAUGUAAGAUUGCAUGACCUUAUGAAGAUGCAAGCUCAGCUCCUUAGGCGACAAUGCAUGAUAUGGUGUGUUGAUCUGAUUGGAAGAUGUUCCACUUUGAUUUGCUUUGUGAUUCAGAUGAAGCUGCAGGUUCUUUAAUGAGGCUGUCUAUUCUUUGAUCACCGUUAGCUACUAUGUUUGGAUCCAUCUGCAAACUCCAGAGCAUAAAAGGUUAUUUCUAUUUGGAUAGUUAAUGUUAUAUUCAUUAGAAACUAAAUCUUUUUCCUAAUGUGCACCAUAAAGAGUGCGCUUUUUCAUUGUGAUAGACUGGCUAUCAGAGGAACAGGCUAAUUUCAUGUGUACGCAUGAAAGCUUUGCAUGUACAUAUUGUUCACCGGAAGAAAAAGGAGCUUAAUAUCAGUAAUGGAACUCAUGAAAAUACCUCAACAUAGUUUGAUAUUUUACUCAAAGUUGAAGUUUUGAAGCUUCUUUCCAGUCUCUUGAGUUCAGCUUCAAGCUCUGCCUCAAUUUUACUCAUUGUCUUCUCCGCCAUCUGAUCAGAUGACUCUCUGUCCUGACAUUUUGUAGAUUUACUCAGUUCUUGAUUGAUAGGAUCCCCAGAAGAUCUCAACAGAUCCCUAUCCCCAACCCACUAUAUGCCUUGAGCAAAUCAUGCCAAGCUGAAGAAACGGUCUUCCUUGCAGCAUGACAGAAUCGUGGGCACAGGAGAACCAGCUUCAGCUGCCUACCCGAGAUCUGCUCCACUACUUCAUCUACUAAGCAGCAUUUAAUUUUUCAUGUAAUCCUCUUAUCCAUUCCAUAGAAGUAGGAAUUUUCUUUUAAACUCUUGUGUAUUUAAAGAAGCUUCGUUUAUGAAUAAAAGCAGAUAUUUUAUCUUGAAAA